UGAGAGGUUCGAUUCAGUAUAGCAGGGGAGUUUUAUUGUUCUUAAUAAUAUAAAAGUUUGAUCACCUGUCGUACAGUGCUGACUAUAUUGGAUGAAUAUUACUCUGUUAUGCGAGUUCAGAGGAUGGCAUUGCACCUAUGAAUUAUGUUAAAUGGCAGGAAGUUAUGAAAAGCCGGUAGUGUGUUAGUGCAGCAAACAGUUUCGCCGGUCGGUGCUGCUCUUUUGUCUGACACGGAGAGUAGUCAACGCGUGCUCUUUUGUUUGGGUUUUUGUCUUUGUUUAACGGCAAACGGGCGAUCUCUGUUCUCGUUUUGGCCUCUCGCGGUUAUAAUAUCCUGUUUUGAAACAUGCGACAUAUGAAGAAAUAUUUCACCGAGGGACUCAUUCAGUUUACGAUUCUGCUGAGUUUGAUAGGAGUUCGCGUGGAUGUCGAUACCUAUUUGAACGGAUACUUAUCGCCAUUGAUAGAGAUAGACGGAGGGCCGAGUUCUGCAUUCAUUCAGACCCCCUUUCACCUCUACCGAGACACCGGGGCGGGCCAUCAAGUGCAUCUUAAAUGUCCCGAACUGGAUUAUUAUUUCACCAGUCGCAGGCUGCUGAAUGAAGUGCGUGCGCUCGGGUCUCCGGCCCGUUUCCCCACGCAUGUCAGUGCAUGGCUGGUGCACGUGGUGCCUGAUGAUGGCUCUGAUGUCGGCGAGCCACACGACCAGUCCGGGGACUCUGGUAACGAUGAGGUAAAUACCGAAGAUCUCCGGGAUGAGGUGGAAAAUGAGCGCAGGACUGGAGAGGGCUUGGUGCUGUCAGUGUCUCAGGAUCAAACUAUUUCAAGGCCUUGCUGUGUAGAUGAAGAACUUUCUAAAGAGGACACUUUACUGAACCAAGAAAAUGAGGACGACGAAGUGAAAAAUGAGCGAGGGCAAGAGGAAAUCAGCCUUGAUUCGGUGAGCCAGCUGACUCGGAGCUCAGCAUUAGAGCAAGAGGAUUCUUCUAGCAAUGCCCUCCCUCCACCUAUUUCUGGGCUUGAGCUUACUCCACAGUGGCAAGACUUCCUCUCUGAAUUUGAUGAUUUUGACUCCCAACGUAUAUCAGAUUUAGAGGUUGAUCUUCCCAAUCCUAUCAGCUAUAAUGUAAGCCUGCAAGAUGCCAUGGUAACCAGGGGAGAUUCAACUAGUUGCAGGCCCACAUUUAGCCGAGCACCCCUCUUUCGUCUAGAAUCUACAAAUUCUUCCCACUCUGAUCCAUCUCAAAGUUCAGCAGGGGCACUUCCUUCAUCACUCUUCUCUUUAAUGGGGAACAGCUCUCUUAAUGAAACUUCCCAUUUACAGGUUGGAGGUUAUCUUGAUGAGGCUGUUUUUGAGCAGAUAAAUAUGAUGGAUCUUGGUACAAUUGAUCCUCGGAUGCUGGACUGCUUGCAGGGUGACAUGGACACUCCAUGGCUGGAAGAUUCAGACUCUGGUCUGUCUUUGGAAAGCAGUUCUAGAAGUCCUGCUUCCCCGUCUACAUCAUCCGAUUCAUUUUGCGAGGAUGAGGGUGAAGCUACAGGCUACAGCAGUGAGGUGGAGUCCUUAUCUUCCAAAGAAGGAGCCUGUGCUGCCACUUACCGUCAUUGGUCACCAGUGAACCUGAAUGACAACAUCUGGCAUGACCACACCUACUCAGUCCCACAGGCUCAGAAUUCCACAUCUACUGGCUGGGUCCAACCUAUCAAAGUUAUUAAACAGGAAGUGAUGAGUGAAGAUGAAGUUGAACCAGAAGAGAUGAGUCGUGAUGAACAACGUGUGCAGGCAUUGGGUCUUCCAUUUUCAGCCUUUCAGAUUGUCAACAUGCGUGUAGAUGACUUCCUGGAGAUGCUGGACAGGCAAAAUCUGUCAGUAUCAGAAGUCAUGCUCUUGCGGGAUGUCCGCAGAAGAGGAAAAAACAAGCUUGCUGCACAAAACUGCCGCAAGAGGAAGUUAGAUGCAAUCAUGAGCCUUCAAGGUGAGGUUGAGGUCCUUGCAGCACAGCGAGAGGCUCUCCUGCGGCAGAAAUCCCACACUUCCAAAGCACUCUUUUCUGCAACAGAACACUUUCAAUCACUCUCACGGACUGUUCUGAGCCACCUCCGGGAUGAAUAUGGGCAGCCUCUAAGCUACGAGCAUUAUGCACUUCAGUGCAGCGCUAAUGGAAGGGUGGUGGUUCAGCCUCGCACAAACACAACAUCAAGAACAAUGACAGGGGUAAAGACAAAGCGAAAGAAGGACAAAAAACCUUAAGAGACUGUGUGUGUGUGUGUGUGUGUGUGUGUGUGUGUGUGUGUGUGUGUGUGUGUGUGUGUGUGUGUUUACAUAUGUUUUUUUAUGUUUUAUGAAAGGCUGAGUUUUUAUCCUUGAUAAGAUGUUCUCUGUUCCUACAAGCCAUUCGUAACUCAAAAGGAGGACAGAAAAACUUUAAUAAUUACUACAAUUACAGCAUGGGAGUAGCCACGUUCACUUGCAGGAGAGAAUGUAAUGAAAACACUGGACAUGUGUAUAAUAAAGUGUGAAUAAAAAUAAUUUCUAAAGAGUUCAUUAGAAAAGAGGAAAGCACAUUUUCUUUAACUGUUAAUUUAAAUGGAAAGUUGCUGAGUAAAGAAUGUUUGCGGAUAGAAGCUGAUGGUCACUGGAUGGAUGACCAUGUUAAAAAAGUCUCACUUGCAUCGCUAUUUCUUGCAGGAUUGAGCUUAAGCACACCGGUUCAGCAGUGAUUUCAAUUUAAACUACUCUCACAAAUGAAUCCGUUCACAUGUUGCAUAAUUUGCUCACAGUCAAGCAUUGUGUAAUCAUCGGUUCCCCCUUUUCUGAUUUUUGCAAUUGGCCAACCAUCUGGUUAAUUACAAUGUAUAAUAUUGCUUUGAACCAACCUUUAUCCAAGCAAACUGCUACAGCACCACCCUCAUACUGUAUACAUAAAUACUGUGAUCAAACGGUGAUCACACUGCUUAAACUGUUCCCAUUCAUCAAAAUAAAUGUCACUUGCCUAACAAUAAUAUCUAUGUUGUGUUCUGAUGGCCUUAAUAGCAUUUUUUAUCAAUGGUUUAUAAAGUUGAAUUAUUUUUUAUGGUCUUGGUGAGUUUUGUCUUCCUCAUAGCACAACAAAAUUAUUCUGAAAUGGCAAGUACUAUAUCAGCUUAAUGAGUGGUUAAUUUGAGAUUUAUAUAAAUAUAAUACUGGACCCAAUUUAAUCUCUUGUUAUUGUCAUAGUGGAUUGAUUUUUGUUGUGAGUAGGAGCUGCUUUGUUUUUCAUCUUUUCUAUUCUGUGUGUUUUUGAAGAAUUUGUGUGAAUGGCGUCGGAAUACCUACUUUUAAUUUUAAACAGGGAUGUUCAAAAUGUGGCUCUUAUAUCUUUUAAAAUAAAGGAGGAAAAUGAA